AUGGAAGGCGCAGGCCUGGGCGCUACCCCCCCCGGCCCCCCUGGUUCCGCCCCUGGCGCGCUUGCAGCAGGGGGAGGGCCAGGGGUAGCUGGCGGGCAGGGGGGAGGGUGGGCAGGAGGCAUGGGGGCGCGAAUGGGCGCAGGGGGGGGAGCAAUGGGGGGAGGGGCGGGGCAGCAGGGGCAGUACCAGCAGCAGGCGGGCGGGCAGGGGGGGAGGCCGCCGGCAGUGUGGCAGCAUGGGUCGGGGAGGGGUUAUCACAUAGAAAUCAACCUGCCACCCACCAAGACGGUGUUUGACCUGGACAUAGACAGUCUGGAGGACAAGCCAUGGCGGCGCCCAGGCGCGGAUGUGAGCGACUACUUCAACUUCGACCUCAACGAGGGCGCAUGGCGCCACUACUGCCACCGCCUGGCGCAGCUGCGGCUGGAGGCGAGCAUGCAGAGCCGCAUCCCCGUGUUUGAGUCGCGCAUGCCCACUGAGGACAUAGACCCGGAGAUGCCGCCCGAGCUGGUGACAGCUGUCACGCACGCCAUGGUCAGCCGCCCGCACGCCGACGCCGUCUUCUUCGUCGAGCGCCGCCCCUCCUGGGAGACCCGCCGCCCGCGCCCGGUGGAUGCUGACGUCAUCAUAGAGGUGAGGCGACUGCUGACGUCAUGGUGGCAUGAGGCUCCGCCCAUGGGCAUGAAGGGGGGAAUGCUGCCCCCGCACAUGCUGCCCCCCCAUGCGCACCCCAUGUUCCUCCGCGGCCCCCCUGGGGGCGCUGGCCCCAUGGGCGGACCAAUGGGCGGAGGCAUGGGCGGAGGGAUGGGGGGGGCAGGGGGCCCCAUGGGGGGAGGUGGCAGGCGGGGAGGAUUCGAUAUGGGGGGCGGAGGGGGGUUUUCCGGGGGGAUGGGCAUUCAUCGCGCUCCUCUUUCCCCCUCCCAUGCUGCCAGCUAUGCGACUGGGGGGGAGAGCAUGGGGGAAGGGGAGGGGCGCGCAGGGGCAAAGUCAAGGCGCCAGGGGAGGGGGAGGGGAGGUCGGGGAGAUGUGGAGGAAGAGGAUGAGGAGGGUAUUGGGGAGGAUGAGGGUAUGGGGAGGAGGAGAGAGGAUAGGAGGAGAGGGCAGAGGGAUUGGGACGAAGAGGAGGAGAUGGAGAAGGGGAGAGGGAGAGAGGGCGGGAAAGGGCGAGGGUUUGACAAGCGGGGGGGGGAGUUUGGGGAGGGGAAAGAGGGGAGGCGGGAGAAGAGGGAAUGGCCAGAAGAGAGAGGGGGGGAUGAGAAGAGGAGGAGGGGAAUGGGGCGGAGGGGAGAGGACGACAAGGGAGGGGAGUUUGGGCGCGCCAAGGGAAUGCGCGGAGGGGGCGAGUGGGAGGAGGAGAGGGAGGAGUGGGAUGGGUGGGGAGAGAGAGGCGCGUCUAUGGAAAGGCGGGGGGGACGGCGGGGAGAGGAGGAGGGGAAGAAGGGCAGGCGGGGGGGACGAGAGGAGUGGGAUGAGCGCGGAUGGGAGGAGAAUGUGGGGAAGAGAGGGAAGAGGGAUGGGCGGGAGGGGAGGCAGUGGAGGGAGGAUAGGGAGAGUGAAGGAGAGGAAGACUGGGCGGAGGGGAGGCAUGAGGAAGGUGCUAGAGGGAGGGGCACGAAGGAGAAGCGUGGGAAAGGAGGGAUGGAGGAGGCGAGGGGCGGAGGGGAGGCGGAUGGGGAAGGGAGCUGGGCGUCUGGGGGCAGGGACGGGCGGAGGGAGGGCGCGAGCAGGAAAAGGAGAGGAGAAUCGAGUGAAGGAGGCGAGGAGAUGGAGAGUGGAGGGGCGAGGGCGCACAGGGGAGAGCGCAGGGGAGAGGAGAGGGCAGCAGAGAGGGGAGAAGAGAAGGGCGCAGGUAGGGGUAAGGGGAAGGGUGCUGUGGCAGAGAGGGAGGAAGGAGGUGAGGGUGAGAGGCGGAGGGGGCGGCGGGAGAAGCGGGAAGAAGAGAAGGAAGGGGAUGAGGAGGGGAGGGAGGGUCGAGAGCAGAGCGAGAGAAAGGGGAAAGAUGGGGAGGAGAGAGGGGAAGAGGAGGGUAAGGAGGGUAAGGAACGGGAAGGAAGAGAGGGGGAGCAGGGGGAGGAGGAGGAUGUGGGGGGAGACGCAGUGGACUAUGGCAGCAUGUGGGACGCUGAUGGCGAGGGGGAUGUGGGGAUGCACCCCCUGGAGAGUGGUGGGGGGAAUGGGGUGGAUGGCGGAGGUGGGAGAGAUGGGAAGGGUGAGAGGGGUGAUAGGGAUGAGAGGGAUGAGAGGGAUGAGAGAAGUGGGAGGAAGGGAGAGGGCCGGGAUGAUAUGGAGAGGGACAGUGACGGGGAGGGUGAGAGGGAGCGGGGCAGGGGGGAUGAAAGGAGGCAGAGGGAGCGGGGGAGAGACCGGGAGAGUGAGCACGAGAACGGCAGAGAGCACGCGCAAGAGAAGAGGAAAGGACGGGCGGAGGAGGAGGCAGCAGUAGGGGCGGAGCAGGAAGAUAAGCGAGGCAGCGCAGCCAUUGAGCGCCCUCCCACUCCUACUGCUGACUUGGACGAUGAUGACGUGGCAGUGCCAGCUGGCGCGGAGAAAGGGGGGGAGAAGGAAAGGAGGAAGCAUGGUGAGCGGCAGGGAGAGGGAGGAAUGAGGGAGAGGGAUGACGGUGGUGGGGGCAAGGAGAGAGGGGAGAAGGGGAAAGGUGGGGAGGAGGGCGACAGGGGAGGAGAGGAGGGGGAGAGAGGUGAGGGAGGCAGAGAGAAUGGUGCUGGAGAGGGGCGGGAGGAGGAGAGGAGAGGUGGGGAGAGGAGAGAGGGGGAGGGUGCAGGGGGUGAAGCGGCAGCAGGAGGCGGGGAGGAGGAGGUAGAAUACGAAGAUGAGCUGGCGUUUGAAGGGGAGGACUAUGGUGACGUGUAUGAGGAGGAAGAGGAGGAGCAGGAGGAGGGGGAUGAUGGGGGCAGGGAGGGCCGGGAGAGGCAGAGGGUGGAUGCGCCACUUGGCAGGAUGGGAGCGGACGGUGGGGGUUUUGGCAGGCGGGGAGGGGAGGUGCUGGGUCGAAGGCAGGAGGGGGCGAGGGAGGGUGGUGUGGGGAUGGGAGAGAGGGAGGAGAGGGACAGGGAGGGAGGGGAGAGGAGGGGAGCGUGGAGAGAGGAGCGGGAGGAGAGAGGUGAGAGGGGCGAGAUGGGUGAAAGGAGUGAAAGGAAGUGGAAGGAGGAGCGUGAGAAGGAGAGGGGCCUCAAGGAGGAGCGUGGAGGGAGUGUGGGUGCUGACUCGGAGAGGAGUGCGCGGAGAGGUGUGACGGACGAGAGGAGCGAGAGGAGGGAGAGAGGCGAGCGGAGGGACAAGGAUGAGAAGAGUGAGAGGAGUGGAAGAGGGGAUAAGGGGGAGAGAGGGGGGCGAGAGCGAGAGGAGAGGGAGGGAGGAAUGGAGAGGGUGAGCGAGGAGGGGAGAGGAAGUGUGGGUGAGGAGCGUGAUAGGGCGGCGGCAGGGCGGGGGGCGGAGCGGAUGGGGAUGAAGGGAGACAAGGAGGGGAGGCGAGGCGAGAGGGACGGAUGGAGAGGCAGUGAGGGGGUGGGGCGAGAGGGGCUGGGGCGAGAUGGCAUGGGUCGAGAGGGGAUGGGGAGCGAGGGUGCAGGCAACGAGGGACCGGUGGUGGACCUGCGGGCCAAGCUUCGCGAGGAGAAGGAGAAGGGGCGUGGUGGGCGUGGCAGGGAUAAAGACCCACGGGACUGGGAGGGCGACGAGCGCGAGGAGCGGAGCCGCGAGCGCGGGCGGGGGAGGGAUGAGAAGGAGAGGGGUAAGGAGCGAGGAAAGGAGAGGGGAGGGGGCGGUGGGAUGGAGGGAUUGGGCGACACAGCAGGGGAGAGGCGGCGCGGAGGGGAGGCACGCGAGGGGGAGACAGGCGAGCGGCAUGCACACAGGGGCAUGGGCCCUUCUGUGGAAGAUGGCAGGCGGACAGGUGGUGCACCCCACUCGCCCUCCCCCACUGCUGCUGACACCACUGGCGCUGCUGGUGCUGGUGGCGGUGGAGUGCGGCGCAGUGCGGUGCAGCGCACGGACGGGCACCUGGUGGUGCAGGUGGGGGGGCGAGCAGGGGAUGGGGCGGCGGACAGGAGGGGAGGGGGGGCGUGGCGGGAGAGUCAGGGCCACCUGGUGGUGCACGUGGGCGGAGGGGGAGGGGGAGGGGGAGGGGGAGGGGGAGGGGAGGGGAUGGUCGCCGGGCGAGUGGGGGGGGAGGAGGGUGGUGGUGGCGCGUAUGGCGGGGCGAGUGGUGUGGGGGGGAGGAAGCGCAAGUCAGAUGACGGUGGGGACAGGCGCGCAGACAGGGAGGGAGCAGGCGAGAGCGGGGGGGGAGUGAGAAUGGGGGGAGAGGCGGGCAGCAUGGCGAGUGGUGGUGCAGGUGGCAGGGCGGAGGGGGAAGGGACGGGAGGUGGGGAGGGCAAGACAGAGAGGCCGGCACGCAAGAGGCGGUGGGCAUGA